CAACGCUGAUACUUCUCCUUCCCCAGUUCCGCCGCUGCCGCAGCUCUCCCCAAAUCGCCUGAAAUCCUCGCCGGAAUGACGACCAGAUUCAAGAAGAACCGCAAGAAGCGCGGCCACGUCAGCGCGGGGCACGGUCGCAUCGGCAAGCACCGGAAGCAUCCCGGCGGCCGCGGAAACGCCGGCGGUAUGCACCACCACCGCAUCCUCUUCGACAAGUAUCACCCUGGAUACUUCGGGAAGGUCGGCAUGCGGUACUUCCACAAGCUCCGCAACAAGUUCUACUGCCCUACCGUAAACAUCGACCGGCUCUGGUCUAUGGUGCCGCAGGAGGUGAAGGAGAAGGCAGCGAAGGGCGGCGAAGCUCCGUUGAUCGACGUCACGCAGUUCGGGUACUUCAAAGUCCUCGGGAAGGGGCUGCUGCCUGGAGAUCAGCCCGUGGUGGUAAAGGCGAAGCUCGUGUCGAAAAACGCCGAGAAGAAAAUCAAGGAGGCCGGCGGCGCCGUCGUCCUCACCGCCUAAUUAGGGUUUUUGAUCAAUUAACUGCUUUAUUAUUAUUAUUAUCAUUAUUAUUAUUAUUAUUAUUGAAUUGCCUCUUUUGAUACUUUGAUUGAUGCAUUUUGGUGAGCACAAUGAUCGUUUCUGUUGCAAUUAUAUCAAAUUGCUUAUGUGGUUUGCUUA